UCACAGUCAGCACUCAGCAGACUAUACAGCCCGUGGCUGAAUGCUGAUAACUUUAUCAACGUUUCAAUAAAGUCGCGUGGUCGGUCGAUUUGUUUUGUAUUUCAUUAAAUAUAAUUUUGUUAAUAUUUACGUUUCUAAAAGAUUGUUAAACAAAUUUACAGCUUUAGAGAUUUUUGUUGCUUAAAAUUUUUAAAUAUUUAAUAAUAAAGACAUCUUAUAUCACAGAAAAAAUAUCAAGAUUUAUUAAGAAACAUUAUUUGUAAGUAAAUCCUUAUAUUUAUAUGCAUUAGACUGUUUCAAAAAUGGCAUCCACGUCUCUUGCAAAACAACUUCAAAAGUUAACUGCACCACAAACAUCGAUAUUGAGUUUAUCAUAUAAGAAAACAUCACUCCUUAUACAACCUGAAGAUAUUGGAAAUCAUGACUUGAUAGCAUUUUUUGAAGUCGGGGUUAAAGGUUUGAAAGAACUAAGCAAUAUCAAUCCUAAAUUUAUUAAGUUUGAGAAAACGUUGUUCAGCCAAUUAUGGCAAUCUAAACAAAGAGCUGUCCUUAGCUUAACUGAAAAUCAAAAAAUUGACAGUAUUAUUGAAGAGUUUCUUUGCUUGUUAUCUCCUUAUUUCAAUUCAAAACCCGCAUUAUACGCUCUAGAGUGGUUGGUACAUAGAUUUAAUAUUGAACAGUAUAAUACAGAUGCUUUGAUUGGCUACGCCCUACCAUUUUUGACAACUCAAGUUUUUACACGGUUAAUUCAAGUGGUUCCUAUUAAAAGUAAUCCAGAAGUUUCCAAAAAUUGGUGGUGGUUAACAAAAUCUAAAAGGACGGGAGUUCAAAUAAAUGAGAAAAGUUUCAUUUCUGAGGCUGUCAAUGAUAUAAGAUUACUAAAAUUAAUUUGUUCCCAUACUAUCAAAGUCAUUGACGAACAUAAAAAUAAUUAUGAGCUGUUGACUGUAUGGACUAAUUUUUAUACUAAGAUUGUUGUUGCUGCAUUUAAAUUAUCUUCUAUUUCAAAAAACAACUUAGUAACUUUAUUCUUACCAUCAAUAAUUGCUGGACUAGAAUCUGAAGCGAGACCAUUUACUGUAUCAACUUUAAUAGUAAUUGGUGUUAUGUCCAACUACAUAACAUACACAGAAAAGUUGCGUUCAAGUUUGGUUAAAAAAAUUUUACUUGUUCAACAUGAACAGUUACAUGAGAACUGUAUCCUACUCUUAAGUGUUAUCUUUAAAUCAGUUAAGGAUAUAACAUUAGUACAAAUUUCAAAUGUUUGUAUCAAAUAUAUGGCUAAUCAUUCUAGUUCACAAAUUGAUGCAUUAAAAAAAUUAUUGAAAUUUGAUCAAAGUGUAUUUUACUUAUUAUUAGUUCGCGAUAGUUUAAUAUUGUCCAAAACUGAUGAAUCAGUUUCUUUGUUUUCAUCAAAUUUAAUUGAGUUAAUUGAUUUAAAUGAUAAUGCUUACACAACGGAACUAGUUAAAAUUGUCCUAGAGUCUGCUGUUGAUGAGCUAUGGUACAUGAAAAUUGCAAAAAUUGUAAAAACUAAGUACAAAAGAGGAUGGAAGAAUGCCAUCAAACUAAUUCAAGACUCUCAAAAUGAAAAUAAACUUAUAAGUUCUUUAAAUGUUGAUGAUAGUACAUCAAGUAUAAGCCAUAAUGAAGAAAUUAUGGAUGUAGACGUGACUUCUGAAGAAACGGAUAAUAAGAAAACUGAAAUAAAAAUGAAGAAGAGCUUAUUAUUCAGAGAAUAUUCUAACGAUGAUGAGCGCGUCCAAGUUUAUUGUGAAAAUAUAUGGGUUGGUGAUAUAAAAGUUGCUCAUUUAUGUGAUUGCCUAAAUCUUUUGAUCAAUAAAAAUGAAUCAUUUAUUAUUAAUUUAUCACCUGACAGCAUUGUUAUUCCUACAUUGCUAUGCUGUUUAGCAUCAGAAGAUCAACGUGUUCGAAAAACUGUGAUCACCUGCAUUAGAAAAAUUACCAAGACUUAUAAAGAUAAAAGUUUAUCUUAUCAUUGGUUAUUAGAACAAAUAAUUAAUAAACGUCAAGAAAUCCUAAUGGACAGUGAUCAAAUUCGACUUGUUCUUAUGGUUUCUUUGCAAAUGGAUAAUGAAGAAGCCAAAAAGAUAUUAGACAAAUUGUUUAAAACUGCUUGUAAUUCAGACAUAUCUUCAGCAUUGCGUUUAAAAAUGUUUGAUCUUUUAUCUGCUAUUAAUACACCAAAUAUUUGUUUAAAUGUUUUGUCACAUGGUUUAGAUUUAUUACAAAAGCCUGAAUUAGAUUUAGCCGAAUCGCAUAUUUUGAAAUUUACUCUCAAUAAAUUGCAUCCAAGUGUGAUUGAAUGGAAUAAAAUAUGGCCAGUUUGCGAAAAAUAUUUAACUGAAAUAACCCCAAAAUUGAAUUUUGGUACUGGGAAAUUAACUAGCCCUGUAAGUGCAUUUGUGCAAAAUUUAACAUCAGAAAUGUUUAAUGCCAUGUCUGAUGAUUUAAAAUUAAAUUUAAUUAAAAUAUUAUUAAACAUACAAGCUAAAGUCGAAGACAAUGAUAUUAUAGAUUCAAUAAAAAGUUUUAUCCAUGAAGUCAGUUUUGAUAGUAUAUUAUUUAUAUCACACCUUGAAAAAAUGUACCUUGACUUAUUCGAUAGUGUGAGAUGGAAGAAUGGCAUUGCCUUGUUGGAGUUAAUUCAAAAUAAAAAUAGUCUAGAAAAUGUUACUCAAUUAACCCCGGUUUUAUUUGAAAUACUAAAAAAAUGUCUUGAAUUUGAAAAUCAAUCGAGUUUGCUUGAAUAUACUAAACAGUUAUGUUUAAGUUGUAUAUUGAAUUGUUGUUUAAUGACAAAAAAUGAAUUGGAAAGAACCAAGGUUGCUGAACGCUUAAAUUUGGAAUUGAUUGUCUCGACAAUGCGACUAUCUCCCAAUCAACAAACCCAACAUCACGCACUAAUAUUGUUAUCAAAUUGUGCUCAAAUGGUACCAGACCAAAUAAUAUUACACGUCAUGACCAUAUUCACAUUUAUGGGAAGUUCAGUGAUGCGCCAAGAUGACGAGUACACAUUCAAAAUUACUUGCCAAGUAUUAAAUACUGUUAUUCCUAUUUUACUAAAAGAAGGCCAAUCGGUAACGAGAAAAGCAUUAUCGGUUUUUGCUCGUAGUGUUUUAGAUAUACCUGAACAUAGACGUGCUACUUUAUUGAAAUUCCUUGUGCAAGCAUUGAACACUAACAACUACCUGUGGGAGUUAAUAGUUCUUGUACAUAAAGAAUAUCUGUCAGGUACAAUAGAUACUAAGAAUAAAGCUUCAAGUAAUACCAUAUGCUUAGAUAUUUGUGCUGAAUGUCCUAUAGAUGUCAUGUUGGAUACUUGUAACCAUAUAUUGAAUUAUUGUAAAUAUCUAGAACUCAAAAAAGGUGAUUGUGAUCAAGUUACAUUAAUUGACAUUUCAAGUUACUCGGAAAAUAAGAUUUACAAGUUAAAAUAUUGUUUAGUAUCUUUUCUUACAAAUUUACUAUCAUCUUAUAUGUUUGUGUCUAAGGUUAUGUAUUGUACAUGUGAUAAAACAUUAAAAGAGGGAUUUACCGAAAUAAUAAAAAAUACUCUAUGGUUCAUUCAAAAUCAAGGUACAAUACAAUCUAAAAAUUAUAUGCCCAUUAAAUAUUACAGCAUCCUAGAUAAAGUCAAUGCAUUGCUACCAUUAGAUAUAUUUGUUGAUGCUAUAAAUUAUAUAUUACAGUUUGUCGAUCUUAAAUCCACACAGCAUAGAACUAUGGAUUUAUUAAACAAACGAUUAUUGGAAACUAAGACGUUAUCCCAGCAACAAACACUGAAAUUACUUAAUCCUUUAUCAGCAAUAGCUAUUAUGUCUAGUUUCCACACAAAAGAAGAUUUAAAUGUUAAGCAAACUGCUCUAAUAUCCAUCACAUUAGUUACAAAAUGUUCAAAUAUUAAUGAAAAUGUAGAAAUAUUUCAAGGAAUUCUUCAAAAAGUCACUAAAUCAGUACAAGACACGUCGGUCAGUCCUUUACUUGGAACCCUUGUUUUAUGCAUUGCGGAAUUGGUAUCGAGCUUAAAAACUAAAGCAAUUACAAACUUUGCUUUGAUAAUACCAACUGUAAUUUCAGUCCUUCAUAAGUUGAACGAUGACUGUAUCAUGGCAGAUGGAGCAUUACUACCAAGUAUAUUAUCUGGCCUACUUCGAAUAAUAUCAGAACUUAAGAACUUUUUAAGUCCAUACAUUGUACCAUUGAUGUAUGAAUUAGCAUUAUUGUCAGCUCUUUGUAAUGAUGGUUCUACAGCCGAAAAAGAUAACUACAAAUCUAUAAUAAGUACUAAAUUUCAGCAGCUAGGAGAAAAGUUGUCAGAAAUACCUAACAGAGUUUUAGAACCAGCAUUAAGCAACACAUUAGGGGAAAUUGUAAAAAACCUUAAGUUUUCAGCAUUUCAGUAUGUAUUGAAUAUAGCUAAAAAUAGUUUUAAAAAUUCUAUGACUGAAGAGUUCACUGUAUUUUUAUUAAGGUCUUUAGAAUUUUGUUGUUUCAUCCAUGAAAACAAAAAAAAAGAAACAAAAUUGGUAGAAUCCUCAGUAAUAUCUACAAUUAGUGAAGUAGCUUUAAAAUGCUCAGAAUCCACAUUCCGUACAUUUUAUCAAAAAUUAUAUGAAUGGAAAAAUGAAGGAAAUAAUGUCACUCGUAUAUUAAUUUAUUUUAAAUUAUUAAAUGCUCUGUCAAGUGAACUUAAAGGACUAUUCCUUUUAUUUGCUGGUAAUAUAAUACCCACUGCCAAUUCAGUUUUAGUAAAAUGCAAGUCAAAUCCAAUAGAAGAAAAAACAUUACUUAUUAAAUGUGUUAUCUCAACAUUAUCAAAUGUAUUCAAGUAUGAUACUAUUAAUUUUACAACUAAAGAGCGUUUUGAAAUUAUUAUGAAUCCAUUGGUAGAACUUUUAGAAGCUGUUGAAUUAGAGGACUAUGUUAAAAUGUGUCAAAACUAUGUAAUUCCUUGUAUUUCCAAUUUGAUUGCGGCCGUAACAGAUGACACUUUAUGGAAGGAUAUAAAUUGCCAAGUAAUGCUUAAAGCCAGGCAUCGUUUACCAGAAGUUAGAUCUGUGUGUAUAGAUACUACAUUAGCUAUAGCUGAAAGACUUGGUGAAAACUUCUUGCCACUUCUUCCCGAUUCAAUACCUUUCUUAGCUGAACUAAUGGAAGAUGAACAAGAAGAAAUAGAACAAAAAACCCAUAAAGCUAUUCAACAAAUGGAAAAAUAUGUAAAUGAACCAAUUGAAAGUUACUUUUGUUAAACAUUUUGGCUUAAGAUAGUUUUGUAUAACAGUUUGUUAAUGACAGUUAUGUUAAGUUUUUGUUUAGUAGAUAAUACAAACAAAUUAUUAUGUUUAUUCUAUAAAUAAUGUAAAUAAAUACAUUAAAAUUACCAUUAACUCUUUAUUUUAUUUUUAAACAAAUGUAUGAUGUAUUAAUAAAGACAAUUAUUU